UCACGUGACGUGAGGAAUGUGAGCUAUGCAGCGGAGGUCCAACUCGGAGCAGAUUUUCUGAUCCGGACGGAAAAUGGAGGCUGAGUUCGACACUUUCCGCUCCGUAGUUCUGCUCUGAAGCCUCGGAACCGAACCUUCUACCGGAUUUAACGUCCGAACCGAGUUCUUCCGCCACAUGGCUCAGGUCGGAGUCGUCGUGGUUCUUCUCGGCGGUUUCCUCGUCUGCGGCUGUGUUUCCUGGAAUAAACUGGAACCAGAACCCUGAGCGGCACCAUGGAGGUUCUGUAGGUUCUGUUCGUUCUGUUCCCUCCAUCACCAGCACCACCGACCCAGACAGACCGACUAGGUUCUGAACCUGCCGCUGGAGGCCUCCAUCCGUUCGGCUCCGACACUUAAAGCUUCCGUUGGUUCCGGUCGGACUUCCCGGCGGUGCCGGUUCUGGCGCUGAGGCCAUGAGGCCCAAGACUUUCCCGGCCGCCCCGUAUGUGGGCAACACCCGGCAGCGCCUUCAGGAGAUCAAGGAGGGUCUGAAGCAGCCGGCCAAGCUUGUGAGCCAGGCGCUGCACGGGUCUCGGGCCGACGGUGGCCGGGCAGCCGACUGUAAGACCAAAGACCCCAACGGCCGACAGCAGCAGCUCCGACCGCCGCAGAAGUUCAACAACUACCAGAACGCCCUGCGGGAGAUCCGCAAGUCCCUGAUGCCCUUCGCCAACGAGUCGGGUCCGUCCUCCGGGUCGGGACACCCGGCUGGAGCCGGAGAGGUGAACCGGCAGAUGCUGCAGGAGCUGGUGAACGCCGGCUGUGACCAGGAGAUGGCGGUCCGAGCUCUGAAGCAGACAGGAAGUAGGAACAUCGAAGCAGCUCUAGAGUACAUCAGUAAGAUGAGUUACCUGGAUCCUCGCAAUGAGCUCAUCGUCCGUGUCAUCAAGCAGACCUCACCAGGUAAAUCUGGUCUCCCGAACUCUCUGGACCACCGGCCCCCGUUGGAGGCUUCAGGUGAGGUGGCUGCUCUGGCUCCGUACCACCAGAUGGGGGCGCCCUUGUAUGAGGGGGCAGCAGGUUACGGUCCUGAAGGUGAGAUGUCCAGAACCUACUUGAGCGCUCCGCCUGUGAUGAACUACAUGAUGCCUCCGUCUGGAGCUGCUCAGGGUCCUCCGAUGGGCCGCCCCCCCAGCAUUGGCUCCUACCCCCCAGUGAUGCCCCAGGGCAGCCCGGCCAGCACCCUGUUCCCCCCAGGGGCCCAACAGAAGGCCUACCCUGGCACCAUGGAACAGCACGGGCCCAUGAUGAGCUACAACGUCCCGGGUCAGCCUUUGCAGCUCCAGCCUCAGCCUCCAGGUGGUGCCAGUUCGCACUACGACUACGGCCACGCCAGGCCUCACCUGAUGGAGCCGGCGGGUUACGGAGUGAAGCGGACCCCCUCCUUCCAGAACAAGAUGGCGCCGCCCCCCAUGGCGCCACCAGACAACUACGUCAGCCUGCAGGGUAAAGCCGGUCUGGGUCAGAACGGACCCGGACCAGGAGGAGGAGGGUACCCCGCCAACCUGUACCUGCCCCCCCACUCCCACCCCCGACAGGCCAGCCCCACCUCCCACCAGGUCCACCUGAUGUCUCGGUCCCCUGGCGGGGUGGCGACCAUCGGACCGGACUUCUCGGACCUGCCUCAGGGCCUGAUGACUCCAUCCAGAGCCAGCCUGAACCUGGACCUGUAUGAGCACCACUGGGCCGGACCUCCAGGCCCAGAAGGAGCCCCUCCGGCCCGGCAGCCCCAGCCCCAGGGUCCCUUCAGGGGGGAGGUCCGGGUCCCCAGCAGAACCAACUCCUUCAACAGUCGGUCUUCCGGUCCAAACGGCGUCCGGCCUGCGCUGGCGGCGCAGCCUCCAGCCGGGAAACAGGAUCCGGCGCUGGGCCCCCCGAACACCAUCACGGCUGUAACAUCUCCACCCAUCCAGCAGCCGGUGAAGAGCAUCCGGGUGAUGAGACCAGAACCAAAGACCGCGGUGGGUCCGUGUCAUCCAGGCUGGAUGGCUCAGGAAGCAGCAGAACCUCUGGGCUUCAUGCCGGAGGAGACCUUCUCUCUGGAACCAGCUCAGGAGCCCCGCUGCCCUCCGCCUCCGUACCCCAAGAACCUGCUGCUGUCUGGGGCAGCCGAGCCAGGAGCCCUGGAUGGAGCCAUGUGUGGAGCUCCAGACCUGAACAGCUCCACGGCCAGAAGCUCACCUGGAGGCGGGAAGAACAAGGAGAACCAGCAGGUGAAGGAGAAGACGAAGAUGGGAAAAGGAGAGAAAGCGGUGAAGGACAAGAAGCAGAUCCAGACGUCUCCGGUUCCUGUGAGGAAGAACGGACGAGACGAAGAAAAGAGGGAGUCUCGGAUCAAAACCUACUCACCGUUCGCCUUCAAGUUCUACAUGGAGCAGCACAUCGAGAACGUGAUGAAGACCUACCAGCAGAAACUGAACCGCCGGCUGCAGCUGGAGCAGGAGAUGUCCAAGGCCGGCCUGUCGGAGGCUGAGCAGGAGCAGAUGAGGAAGAUGUUGAACCAGAAGGAAUCCAACUACAACCGACUCCGACGAGCCAAAAUGGACAAAUCGAUGUUCGUUAAGAUCAAGACUCUGGGCAUCGGAGCUUUCGGUGAAGUUUGUCUGACGCGUAAAGUCGACACCGGAGCUCUGUACGCCAUGAAAACGCUCCGAAAGAAAGACGUCCUCAACCGUAACCAGGUGGCCCAUGUCAAAGCAGAGCGGGACAUCCUGGCGGAGGCCGACAACGAGUGGGUGGUCCGUCUUUACUACUCGUUCCAGGACCGGGACAGCCUCUACUUCGUCAUGGACUACAUCCCUGGAGGGGACAUGAUGAGCCUGCUGAUCCGGAUGGGCGUCUUCCCAGAACCCCUGGCUCGGUUCUACGUGGCCGAGCUGACGUUGGCCAUCGAGAGUGUCCACAAGAUGGGCUUCAUCCACCGUGACAUCAAACCCGACAACAUCCUCAUUGACCUGGACGGACACAUCAAGCUGACGGACUUCGGUCUCUGUACUGGCUUCCGCUGGACCCACAACUCCAAGUACUACCAGAAAGGCAGCCACAUCAGACAAGAUAGUAUGGAGCCCAGUGAUUUCUGGGACGACGUCUCUAACUGUCGCUGUGGCGACCGGCUGAUGACUCUGGAGCAACGAGCCAAUCGGCAGCAUCAGCGCUGCCUCGCUCACUCUCUGGUGGGAACGCCCAACUACAUCGCUCCAGAGGUGCUGCUGCGUAAAGGCUACACUCAGCUGUGCGACUGGUGGAGCGUUGGGGUGAUCCUGUUUGAGAUGCUGGUCGGUCAGCCUCCCUUCCUCGCUCCGACGCCCACAGAGACUCAGAUCAAGGUGAUAAACUGGGAGAGCACCCUGCAGGUCCCGGCUCAGGUGAAGCUCAGUCCGGAAGCCGUCGACAUCAUCGGCCGGCUCUGCUGCUCCGCUGAGGACCGUCUGGGCUCCAAUGGCGCCGGAGAGAUCAAGGCUCAUCCCUUCUUCUCCCAGACCGACUUCUCCAGCAACCUGCGGCAGCAGCCGGCGCCGUACCGGCCCAAGAUCGCCCACCCGAUGGACACGUCCAACUUCGACCCGGUGGAGGAGGAGGGCGGCGCCGGCUGGAGCGACAGUGGCGAUGGCAGCCGGGCCCUGGACCUGCUCUGCUCACCGCACGGGAAGCAUCCGGAGCACGCCUUCUACGAGUUCACUUUCAGACGCUUCUUCGACGACAACGGAUGCCCCUUCAGAUACCCCAAACCACCCGAGGCCUACGACGGGCCGCCGGGCCAAACCGGGACCACCGGAACCACCGGGGUGGACCCUGAGGAGGAGGAGGAAGAUGAAGAUGAGGAGGAGGAGGCAGAGCAGGGGGAGGGAUGUGAACCGGUUUAUGUUUAGAUCAGUCAGGUCUGCUGAAGCUGCAGAUGGAGGAACGGCGCCACCUGGUGGACCAACAACAGAAGCUCUGAGCAGCUUCCAGAUGUUCUCCUGGUUCCUCUUCUGGUCUUCAGAGGUUCUGGUCCACCUGAAGCUGCUUUAGUCUCCUUAGAUCAGGAUCCAGGUUCCUCUCUGCUGCUGCUUCAUAAGCUUCAAACAUCCACUCAGUUAUCAGCUUCAGCUCAUCAACAACAACAGCGACAACAACCCCCCUCCAGUCUGUCUCCGUUCAGCAGAAUUUAGUUUCACAUUUUCUGUUUCUGUGUUCAGUUUCAAAAAGACAAAUGAACCAGAGUUUAUCUCCUGCAGCUUUGUCUCCACAGGUCCAUGUUCUAAAGAUCUUCUGCUGCUUCAUGUCCUCAAGUCGCCUCCAAAUAAUCCCACAAAAUUCUAAAGAUCUGAUUCCUGAUGGAACCUCUGCAGCGUUGAUCUUCUCAGCACCAGAACAGAACUGAUCAGACUAAAGAGUGAAAGCGUCUGGUUGUUUAUUUUUAGAUCAACAGGAGAAAAAAACAACAAACAGAAUUCAGAGGAAUCAAAACUUUUAAUAAAUCGUCUAAAGAAACAGAAGAACCCAGUCAGAGCUGAAGCAGCCGAACACUUGGACUAUGUGCAAUAAAAUAAAGUGGACAUUUCUAGUCUUCUAAACACUUCAUAGCUCUAGUUGUGUUCAGAUAUGUCAGUUUAAUCUACUUCCUGUCAGUCCAACAUGCUGCUUAUUAAGGACGUUCACAUUAUUACUUCUUAUUAUUCUGGUUGAUUACGAGAACAAGCUUCAGUCUGACAGGAACGAGGUGAGGAUGAUGAUGAUGGUGGUGGUGAGAAUGAUGAUGAUGAAGCAGAAACUCCUCCUCCUCCUGUGGUCAGGCUGGUUCUGCUGCAGGAGGUUCUGAAGGUUCUGGUCCAGGAAGUGACGGAGAUGAAAGAAAAGUGAAUCCGGUUCGUCUUCAGGAAUGAAAUAAAGACUGAAGAACAUUUUGUUCUCCAACCCUAAAGACUCGUGUUUGUUUGGUACAUGUUCUAGUAUUUAUCCAAAGUGUUCUGACUCGGUUCUGCAGCUCUGGGGCUCUCGGAUCCAGAACAGAGUUUCUCCUCGAUAAUCAGUAAAGUUCUGUCCAGCAGUGUUCCUCUGACCGACUCAGACGUCAGAACUACAGCUGACACAAGUUUGUUUUCACGUUUCUCUAAAUGUGCCUUUGAAUUCAUAUUUUACCUUUGAUCUACAGACGUCUGUCCAUGUUCUGGAACCUCCUGACUGUGUUCACAUGUGGUCAGCCUGGUCCUGGUUCUGGUCCUGGUCCUGGUCCUGGUUCUGGUCCUGGUCCUGGUUUUGGUCAAAUGAUAAAGCAGAACAAUAGAGCGAUGUUCUGUUAAACUCAGAUUGUUCUGGUGGUACUGGGAUGUUUCAGGUUCUUCUGGACAGAGAUGGUUCUGCUCAGGUUCUUCUGGACAGAUCUGGUUCUGCUCAGGUUCAGUUUCACUGAUGAAGCUGAUUCUAUCAGAGAUUUCUCAGAUUUAAAGUUUCACGUCAGAAACUGAAUUUGUCGACACAAAGUGAAAGAAGCUGUUUAUGUUGUUCUGAAGGUGUUUGAUGGUUAAACUGGACUGAAACCAGUUUAGGUUCCUUCAUGUGAACACAGUCGGAGAUGAACUCAGAUCUGAAACAACUUCAUGUGUUUUCAGAUGUUUCAAAAGUCAUUGAGGUUCUCAACAGGAUGAACCUGAACAUUAGCUUUAAACUCAGAGCUGCUCAGAGGGUUUCCUGGAAGUUUCCUAGACAUUUCCUGAAAGUUUUCUGGAGGUUUCCUGGAAGUUUCCUGGAACUUUCCUAGAAGUUUCCUAGAAAUUUCUUAGAAGUUUCCUGGAAGUUUCUUGGAAGUUUCCUGUAACUUUCUCGGAAGUUUAAUAGUAGUUUCUUGGAGGUUUCCUGGUAGCUUCCUGGAGGUUUCCUAGAAGUUUCCUGGAAGUUUCUUGAAGGUUUCCUGGAGGUUUCCUAGAAAUUUCCCGGAAGUUUCCUGAAAGUUUCCUAGAAGUUUCCUGGAAAUUUCUUGAAGGUUCCCUGGAGGUUUCCUGAAAAUUUCUUUGAAAUUUCUUGGAGGCUUUCUAGAAGUUUCCUGGAAAUUUCUUGAAUGUUUCCUGGAGGUCUCCUGGAGGUUUUCCAGAGGUUUCCAGGCUGAUGACUGACAAUCUGACUGAUGUUUCCUGACGUGUAUUUUCUCUAAUUUUGUAUUUUUAUGGAGGAUUCGCUUCUUGUCUCCUCAUGUCUGUUAAUGAAUUUAUAUUUAUACAGAUCUACAUAUUUUUUGUAUCUUUUCUUUUUCCAGUUUUCUCGUGCUCAUGUUAAGAACUCUGCAGUAUUAUAGAUGUCUUUGGAAUUUUCUUUUUUUUACAUUCAUGUAUGAACUGAGAAUUUGUAAAAAUGCUUUUCCUGUCCUCGAGUGUAAAAUGUUUGUAUAAAUUAAAUUAACCAACUCCUGA